ACGAGGCGACGCCCACGUGGCCACGCCUCCGCUGCCCAGCUAUCUGCCGCGCCGCCCGCCAUUUUGUCGUCAGUGUUUCGUUUGCUGUGGACGGCCUUCAGGGCGCUGUAUUGCUCCGUAGGGGAGAGGCGGGGUACACGGUCUAUCGUCUGUCUCUCUGUAGUUUGAUCCGAGGCCUUCCGGAGCCUUCCCGGGGUAGCCGGCAGAAGCCACAGCGGCCGCCCCCGCCCCUCCCCUCCAUCCCCUGGCCCGGGAGGGACAGAUUCCGCGUCACGCCCCUCCGUGCUCGCUGUUCUCUUCUCUGUCGCUGCGUCCGCAUCGUGUCCCCGGAAUCAGACGGUGCCCCAUAGAUGGCCAGCUUUCCCCCGAGGGUCAACGAGAAAGAGAUCGUGAGAUCACGGACUAUAGGCGAACUUUUAGCUCCAGCAGCUCCUUUCGACAAGAAAUGUGGUCGUGAAAAUUGGACUGUUGCUUUUGCUCCAGAUGGUUCAUACUUUGCUUGGUCACAAGGACAUCGUACAGUAAAGCUUGUUCCGUGGUCCCAGUGCCUUAAGAACUUUCUCUUGCAUGGCACCAAGAAUGUUACGAAUUCAAGCAGUUUAAGAUUGUCAAGGCAAAGUAGUGAUGGUGGCCAGAAAAAUAAACCUUGCGAACAUAUUAUAGACUGUGGAGAUAUUGUCUGGAGUCUUGCUUUUGGGUCUUCAGUUCCAGAAAAACAGAGUCGCUGUGUAAAUAUAGAAUGGCAUCGAUUCAGAUUUGGACAAGAUCAGCUACUCCUUGCCACGGGAUUAAACAAUGGGCGUAUCAAAAUAUGGGAUGUAUAUACAGGAAAACUCCUCCUUAACUUGGUAGAUCAUACUGAAGUGGUCAGAGAUUUAACUUUUGCCCCGGAUGGGAGCUUGAUCCUAGUGUCAGCUUCAAGAGACAAAACUCUCAGAGUAUGGGACCUGAAAGAUGAUGGAAACAUGAUGAAAGUAUUGCGGGGGCAUCAGAACUGGGUGUACAGCUGUGCAUUCUCUCCUGACUCUUCUAUGCUGUGUUCAGUUGGAGCCAGUAAAGCAGUGGUGGCAGCAAUAUUGGUGUGAUUGAGGUUAUGCUGGCACCACUCGCACACAAGCGCACAAUGGUGUUAGCUGGGCAGAAAGAGUGGCAUCUCUGGCUACCGGGCUGGGGGCGACCUUUACCCGUAGGAUGAAGUAACCUUGCAUUCGGCUGCAAGGUGUACUGUACGUACACAGGUGCUGGUCGAUGUCCACUUUCUGCUUUUCUUUCUUUCUUUUUUAAAAUAAUUUUCCCCACAGUGAAAUCCACUGACUCCUCCAAGUAAAUUGAUCUUCCAGUUUGAUGGAAUUGGGAGUCUUGACAAAUGAAACCAAUUUAAUGUAAAGUAAUUGACUUUCAAAUGGUUUCUCUGUGUUAUUUUUUGGAAUUCUUUAAGAUGUUAGAGCUAUCUUAAGUCUUUGCUCCAACUUGUAAUUUGUACUUAUUUUCCUUUGUAAGUAAUAUAUUGUGUCUGUGCAGAAAAAAAGUAGUAAAAAGGAUUGCUUUACUCCAAGAGGAGGAGAGAUUGUCUUAUUAGGAUUGUUACAAACCUCCAAACUCACAUUUAAUAUAACAGACCGAAGUGAGCAUUAGAAUUCUAUUUAGAGCUAUUCUGCACAACCUAAAUUAACUGAUCUUUAGAAUCUAAAACUGUAUGUGAACUUGUUCUUAAAUAAUUGAACUGUUUUAUACAUAAAAUGACUAAUGAUUAUGGUCAGUUUGGGAAAGAUAAGAUUGGUAAAUCUUGACUGACAGAAAUGUUAUAAUUGUAUUAUUUUCAUAAACUAGCAUUUUCAUUUUGUAAUGUGUUUUAACGUCCUUGUUGUUUGCCAAAUAAGUUUCAUUUGGCUGUGAAAAUUCUCUUUGCUUGCAGUAUCUGUUUCUCUUCCUAGGCUCACGUUGGUGACCCAAGCCUAUUGUAAACAAGUGAUUAUCUCAAAGGGAGAUGCCAAUGGAGUAACAAUUUGUUAACCUUACGUUUUCUGUCUGUAUAUUUUUUAAAAAUUUGGUAGUUUCUGGAAAAAAAGAGAAGGGGGUUUGUAGUAUUUAACCUUAUUUAUUUCUGUAUAUUAUAGUUAUUUAGUUUUUGGAAUAAAUGGAUUUCAGUAUAACUUUGUGGUUAAAUUGCAUUGCCUUUAGGUUUAGGCUUAUUUUUUAAUUAACAUUUAACAGAAACAUUUGAAAUAGAAUUUGCAUGUCUGCUUUAAUUAACUUAAAGACUGAUUUUAAUCUGACUGUGACACUGAGCAUAUUCUUUAAAUUACUCAUAAUUUAUAAUGUUUAAUUUAAUAUAAUCUUAAUUAAAUUUAGCAGUUUUAGUUUAAGAUGUGCCAUUUUAUCCUCUGUGUGUCUGAAUGAAGCUAUAACAUUUACCUUUUUAUUGCAGGUUUUCCUUUGGAAUAUGGAUAAAUAUACCAUGAUACGGAAACUAGAAGGACAUCACCAUGAUGUUGUAGCUUGUGACUUUUCUCCUGAUGGAGCAUUACUGGCUACUGCAUCUUAUGAUACUCGAGUAUAUAUUUGGGAUCCACAUAAUGGAGACAUCCUGAUGGAAUUUGGGCAUAUGUUUCCCCCACCUACUCCGAUAUUUGCUGGAGGAGCAAAUGACCGAUGGGUACGAUCUGUAUCUUUUAGUCAUGAUGGACUGCAUAUUGCAAGCCUCGCUGAUGAUAAAAUGGUGAGGUUCUGGAGAAUUGAUGAGGAUUAUCCAGUACAAGUUGCACCUUUGAGCAAUGGCCUUUGUUGUGCCUUUUCUACUGAUGGCAGUGUUUUAGCUGCUGGGACACAGGAUGGAAGUGUCUAUUUUUGGGCCACUCCAAGGCAAGUCCCUAGCCUUCAACAUUUAUGUCGUAUGUCAAUCCGAAGAGUGAUGCCCACUCAAGAAGUCCAGGAGCUGCCGAUUCCUUCCAAAGUUUUGGAGUUUCUCUCCUAUCGUAUUUAGAAGACUCUGCCUUCCCUAUUAGUAGGGACUGACAGAAUACACAAACCUCAAGCUUUAUUGACUUCAAGUAUCUGUUUUUAAAGGAUUAGAAGAUUUAUUUAAUUUGAUACAUUCUUGUACUGCAUUUUGAUCUGUUGAGCUUUUAAAACAUUAUUUAUAGACUAGGAUUAUAGAAAUAUUUCUGAACAUAUCAAAUGUAAAUUUCUUUACGCUCUAACUGUGAAAACAUAUACAUAUAUGUAUAUACUUAGAUAAGCUACUAUAUGUUGAAUGGACCCUUUUGCUUCUAAUUUUUAGUUUUGGCAUGUGUAUAUUGCUUCAGUAGAACUACAAUAUGUAUCUUUGCUGUAAAGUAGAAGGAGUUUUUUUAUUCUGAGAUGCUAAAUACUAGCUUAAGCUAAAUUGCCUCAUACAAAAUGUAUUGGGGUGGGGGGGAUGUCAGAUUGACCUGCAAAUGAAACACAGUUUUUGUAUAGGGGAAGGUGGAGUUUGAAUUUUGAAUGUGACAUUGUGUGUUUUUUUUUUUUUUUUUUUAAAUCAGAGCCAGGAUAUAACUAGAAAAAGGAUGCCUUUCUCCCCUACCCCCCUCCUCUAAAUACUGCUGUGGGCCUUAAUUUUGAAAAAGCAGCUUGCUGCUACUUUACUUUUGGGUAUAAUGUAUUAUAAAUAUUAGUCUUUUUGGAAAAUCCAUCUGCUGUGUUAUUGCUAAAUAUUUGUUUUUACUAAGGGACAAUUAUUUUAAGACCAUGGAUUUUUUAAAAAACACUUACUAUGUUUCUGCAGGGGAUGAUAUUGGUGGCUUGCCAAAGAGAAGCAAUAUAGUCUAUCUGCGUUUGCCUUCUGUUAUUUAUCUUACCUGCAGGUAUCAAGAAUGUACACAUUAUGUAAAAUGCUUGAUUAUAUAUUUUUGUUGAAUUUUUUAAUAAAAGGCUU